AUGGCCGACCACCAGCCAUGUUUGGCCGAUGGUCAACAGCCCAUGGCUACUAGCCUAUUACUGCACUCCCACCGCCGCUUGACCGUCCGGCAACCAAAGGCGGGGGUUGCCGGCAACUUCCUCUUGUCCGGCACGGCCAUGCCUACCAAGAUCGAUGCACUCCACAUCACAUUCUGGGGUCACUCGGACAUUAACGAGGAAAAGAUCAAACAAAUCAAAGUAGAAACGAUCACAAGAAAGAGAUGUCAACUUGAGGUCUGA